AAAUGGCCGACGCGUUUUAGCUUGCAGAGGCCAGGACGAGGCUUAACGGCCUUGUGCAUAUCUAGGCGUGCUAAGGACAGCACAUAGGUGGAGCACAUCGCGACAAAGCCCGCUCAAAACGCUACAGCAAGUCGAUACAUCGGAUUUGAACAUGAUGUUACCCGUCGUCGUCGCAUGCGUCGCAGCAGCAGCAGCGGCGGAGCUCCACGCGAACCCGCCGCUCACGGCCGCCACGCCGAACCGCACGCGCGUGCACGCCGACGCGGCGCUGCUCCUCGCCGGCCUCGACUGGGCCGGCGACGCGCCGGACAACGCCACCGUCGCACCGAUCAUUCGAAGGCACCCGCUCGUCGUCGCCUUCCGCCGCACGAAACAGCUCGUCGGCCGCGUGCCGAAGCUCUAUCGCUGGCUCACGCGGCUCGUGAACCCGCGGCCCGUCGAGCCGCCGCCACCGCCGGAGCCCGUCGCCGCGCCGGCGGCGACGCCGCCGGUCUACGACGCCGGCGCGGCGCUCGACGCCUACGCGCGGAGCUGCGCGCGCUACGCGGUGUCGGCGAACGGCGCGGUGCUCGGCGCGCUGCGUUUUGGGGGCGUCUGCGUCAAGCCGUCGGACGAGAGCGGCGGCGCGCCCUUCGGCGACGCCGAUUUAUUGGCCGUGGUGGACGCGAUCUGCGACCCGGCGUCCGUCGCGCGCGCGUUGGAUCUCACGCGCGUCGACGGGGCGCGCUUUACCCAAGCGUGCGCCGCGCGCGCGCUGUCGCACGCUUUAGCUAAAGCCGACCGAGGGCGAGGACUGGCGUACCUGGCGCUGGUCGGGGCGCCGCUCGGCCCGCGCGGCGCCGAGCGCCUCGCGACGGCGGCGACGCCUCAACUCCGCGCGCUGCGUUUACAGGGCUGCGACGCGCGCGACGCGGGCUUGGACGCCUUCGCCCAGGCGCUGGGCGAGCGUUUACCGCAAUUGGAGCGCCUCGAUGUCAGCCGGAACCGCGCGUCCUUGCACGCGUGCAAGCGGCUCAAGAAGGCGGCCAAGGCGCGCGGCGCGAAUGGUGGGAAAAAGUGCCGCGUCGAGCUCCGGGGCAACUGCCUCGCCCUCGAAAUGGCCUGCGCGGCGACGCACGCGGCGGGGGUGGCGGCCUUCGCGACGGGGGGGCCGUACCUCCUCCACGAGGCCAAAAGAUUAGGUUUGGACGGCGCCUGCGUGCGCUCGCUCGCCGUCUACGCGUCGGCGCACGUGUUUUAUUUCGCCGCGUCGGCCCAGACGCACCUCGCGGAGGCGCGCUUCGGCCGGGCGCGGCCGGCGCUGCCGGGCGCGCCGCGGCCGCCGCCGCGGUCGCGCUGGGACCGCGCGGCGCCGGCGCUCGUGCUCGCCGCGACGCACUACCCCUUCGCCGCCUUCCUCCAGCUCGACGCCGCGACUUCUCGUCGAGUCCACGGCGCGGCCCUCGCGCUCUGCGCUUUCACCUUGUGCCGCGAGCCGCCGGGCGUCGACCGCGACCCGCCCUCAUUGCGCGUCGGCAAGUACGCGCCCGUCGAGACGCUGGCGCUCUUGUUUGUGGGCAGCUUCGCCGCGUCGGCGACGGCCCUGCCGCUGCGGCGCGCGCUCGGCGACGCCGCGUUCCGGUCGCUCGCGGCGGGCGCGCUGCUCCACGUCGCGGCGGCGAUCUGCCACGUCGCCGCCGGCGCGGGCCACGCCGCCGCGCACGCGCUCACGCUGACGGGCGCGGCGCUCCACGCCAUGGUCGUGCUCAAGUCGCUGGUCUGGCACUUCCUGCCCGCGGCGCCCCCGGCGCCGCGGCCGCCCGGGGCGGCGCCUCCGGUCUAA